UGACAGCUGUUUGCGCUGUGUUCCGUCGGUUCACAAAGUGCAUGGGCGGUUUUCUGGGUAAGGGAAGCGCAGGUGGGCCAUUAGUUAAUUCUUCCUACAAAUACUGCACCCUACCAGGCAUUGUGAUAGUCAGGCACUGUGGAUAUAAGAGUCAACUGGGUAGACCUCCCUUCCCCCGGCCUUAAAGAGUAAUUGUUUGCAAUGAAGUUUAAAAGUAGCCAAAUCACUCUUUUACUAAGGCAGGUUCCUGGCCAGUCUUUGAAAUGGGCUCCGUAGUCCUCUUUGACCAGAUAGAUCAAAGGCACAUCGCUGUGGCAAGGUGGGGAAGAGGCGGAGGGGAACAGAAUUCGGUUCAGCACUCCUGAAGGCUGAAUCCCGGACCAGGUGUUCCAGUGAGAUGGGGGCUCCGAGCGAACGGGGCGCUUCGAUCCCCGCCCCCUCACCGCGGCCCUUCCGCGGUUCGGGCUCUCCCCGCUCCCCCACAACCCCUCCCACCCCGCUGCCAUGGUCCUGGGUCACAAAGGUUGUUGCCAAGCACCCGGUGGAGAAGAUGCGGCCAGGGAACAGCAGCCGCCACUCUGGAGCGUGAGGCCCGCGGAGUUCAGCAGGACUGUCAAUGGCAGGAUACCAGCUCUGGUCACCAUGGACCCCACUGGAUGAGAGCUUCCAAUGGCUGCGGCAUACAACACCUACCCCUUCUUCCAAGCACCCCUUUAGGGCUUCCCCCUGCUUCCCACAUACCCCUUCUGACCUUGAAGUGCAGCUGUGCUUUCAAGAGGUCACUCUAGUCCUAGACAGCCCUUUCCUGGAGCCUGGGGUGAGUCCCAAGUUGCCCUGUCACACAUCAGAGCUCCGAACCAUGAACAACAAGAAAGGGCUGGUCAGGAAGCCUCAGCCUGUCCGCCUCAGUGGAGUGGAUUCUGUCUUUGGCAGGGUCAUCACAGCUCAGCCACCAAAGUGGACUGGGACCUUCAGAGUUUCAGACAAGUCAGCCUUUUGCAAAAUCAUUAGCCGGGAGCACCAGUGGCCCACUGGACUUAAGGAACCUCAGAUUCAGAUGACAGUGACCAUGUGCAAACAGAUGUUACGCUCCAUCCUCUUGCUGUAUGCAACAUACAAGAAGUGUACCUUUGCCUUGCAACAUUCCAAGUAAAGGGUCCCAUUUGAUUCCUGUUCCUCACACCAUGUCUUUCGCUAUGUGCCUGAAGCUUACAUAGAGCUGUCCCUGUAAAGGAAACUGCUUGUCCCAGCUAUUUUGCUUUCCAGUCAGGCGGUGACAAUUCAGGAGCCCCUCUCCUCCCUUUCCCUCCAAAAAUGGGCCAGUGACAGAGCAAGGGAGGAGACCAUUUCCACUGUAAAGCUGAACAACCAUUUGAAAGAGAGUCAAACUAGCACUGACAUGUACCAUGUGAUAAAGAACCAUUAAACCAUAUAUACCAAUGA